UGUCGCCCUGGAUGCCCUGCAGGAGAAACUCCAGGGAGCCCUGGGCCCGCUCAGGGAGCAGCUGGAGGAGGCCCUGGUGCUGAGAAGUGAAGAGGAGGAGAAAACCGCAGAGUGGCAGAGGGAGGUGCAGGCAAGGCGAGAGAUGAUUGCGGGUGAAUUUAACAAGCUGCACACGCUGCUGAGGGAGGAGGAGCAGCUGCUUCUGCAGAGGCUGGCGGAGGAGGAGCGGGAGACUCUGCAGAGGCUCCAGGAAAAUGUCACCAAACUCUCCCAGCAAAGCGCCUCCCUGCAGCAGCUGAUCGCAGAGAUGGAGGGGAAGUGUCAGCAGCUGGUUGCUGAGCUGCUGAAGGACGUGAAAAGCACAUUGAGCAGGAGUGAAAACAUGAAACUCCAGGGACCUGAAGCCAUUUGCACUGACCUGCAGCGAGGGUAUAAAAUUUGUCUUGAUCUGAGGGAAGCUCUGAACAGAUUUGCAGUGGACAUGACUCUGGAUCCAGACACAGCAAAUCCCUGGCUCGUCCUCUCUGAGGAUCGGAAACGUGUGAGAGAUGGAGACACGCGCCAGGAUCUGCCCGACAACCCGGAGAGAUUUGACACUUCUGUCUGUGUGCUGGGUGCCGAGGGGGUCAUGGGCGGGAGGCGUUACUGGGAGGUGGAGGUGGGAGACAAGACUGCCUGGGACCUGGGGGUCUGCAGGUCAUACACACCUGAGAAUGGAUACUGGGUUGUGUUGCUGAGGGAUGGGGAAUACGAGGCUGGCACCUCCCCCCUGUUCCCCCUCCCCGUGAGCGCCAGGCCCAGCCGGGUGGGGGUUUUCCUGGACUACGAGGCGGGCAAGGUCUCGUUUUACAAUGUGACUGACAGGUCCCAUCUCUUCACCUUCACCGGCACCUUCUCCGGGAUGCUGUGCCCUUUCUUCAGUCCUGGUCUCGAUGAUGGUGCAAACACGGCUCCCCUGACCAUCUGCCCAGCCCCGGCCCACGCCGGAGGGAAUGGCGGUACAAUGAGCUGGGACUCCUCUCCAGCUGCCCUGGGAGGGGGUAUUGCAGGGGCUGCACCAUGUGGGGUCAGUGGGAGGGGUCUUCACUGCACCCCCUAAAUCCACUGCUGAGGGGUUAAUCUCAGAGCAUGGGCCCAGGCUGUCAUGUAGAUGGAACCAGCAACCCCCAAGCACCAACCCCAGGCCUGUUCCCAUGGAGAUGGAACCAAAGAC